AUGGUGAGUCCAGCGGGCUCCAGCCACCGCACCCCGGGGGCCUUCAGCCUCAUGGCCACCCCGCCCUCCUGCGGUGGUGCUGGGCCUGGAGCUUCGAGCAAAGCCUCGGGCCUCCUCCUGCUGCUGCUGCUCCUUCUGCCCCACAGGCACCGCGACAGCGAAGGGAUCACCUUGAGCCAGGAUGUGGCCUGUGGCCAGCGUCACAUGCAGGGGAAGGUCGUAGGGGGCGUGGACGCCCCUGAGGAGAAGUGGCCGUGGCAGGUCAGCGUGCACUAUGGGGGCUUCCACAUCUGCGGUGGGUCCAUCCUCAAUGAGUACUGGAUCCUGACAGCAGCCCACUGCUUUAGCAAGGACAGGCGCACUGAGGCAUUUGAUAUGUACGUGGGCCUUGUGGACCUCAAGCUCGCAGGCCAUCAUACCCAGUGGUUUGAGGUGAAUAAGAUUAUUAUGCAUCAUACAUAUGAAGUGUUCCACCCUAUUGGAGGUGACGUCGCUCUGGUGCAGCUGAAAAGUCCAAUUGUAUUUUCUGACUCUGUACUCCCCAUCUGCAUUGCAACCCCAGACAUGAACCUUGAGAACCUUACCUGCUGGGUUACAGGAUGGGGACUCAUCUCCCAAACAGGUGACUCCUCAGACCACCUGCAGGAGGUGCAGAUGCCUCUGAUCCCAUUUGCCUUGUGCCAGUUGCUUUAUGGACAGACAUCAUACAUUCUGCCAGACAUGAUAUGUGCCGGGGACCUCAGGAACCUGAAGACUGCCUGCGAGGGUGAUUCUGGGGGCCCACUCGUCUGUGAAUUCAACCACGUCUGGGUGCAAAUUGGAAUAGUGAGCUGGGGCCGCGGUUGCCUGUUCCCUAUGUAUCCUGCAGUUUUUGCUCGAGUCUCCCAUUUCUCCAUAUGGAUCCAUCAUCAGAUAGCACUCACACCCCUACCUCUUCAGCCGCUCCCCACCCUUUCCUCCUCUCUAGGGGCCUCCAUCCAUGUCCUGAUGACCAUGAUGGCCUUCCUGACAAUGUUGUGAGGGCAAGACCCCUACCCUGGCUUCCUCGUGCUGCAUGCCUUGGUCCCUGCCCAUCUCAGCCCAAGUCUCCAGGCAUCUGAGUGAGGUGAGG